AUGGGGAACCACGGCUCCAACCUGGAUGAUAUCUUGGCGGAAGACAUGCACCACUGGUACAACAAGUUCAUGAGGGAGUCUCCGUCGGGUCUGAUCACGUUGUUUGAGCUCAAGGCCAUCCUGGGUCUGCAGGGCAUGUCUGAGGAUGCCAACAGCUAUGUGGACCAAGUCUUCUUCACUUUUGACAUGGACGGGGAUGGUUAUAUCGACUUUGUGGAGUACAUCGCAGCCAUUAGUUUAAUGUUGAAAGGAGAAAUAAAUCAGAAGCUGAAGUGGUACUUCAAGCUCUUUGACCAAGAUGGAAACGGAAAAAUUGACAAAGAAGAAUUGGAAACAAUAUUCACCGCCAUACAGGACAUCACCCGAGUGUACGAAACUCCUCCAGAAGAGAUUGUGUCCCUCAUUUUCCAAAAGAUCGAUGUUAACGGAGAAGGUGAGUUGACACUAGAGGAGUUCAUCACUGGAGCAAAGAAUCAUCCAGAUAUCAUGGAGAUGCUAAAGAAAAUGAUGGAUCUGACCCCAGUGCUAGUAAUCAUUGUCAAUGGCAGGCGGAAAAGCGUGUGA